AUGUCGGUGUCGUUGACGGCUCAUCCGGACUCAUUGGAUCACGCACAAUUCGUCCCUGGUGUUGGUAUAGUCCGCUCAAGUGGGGUGGAACGAGAGUUGUCUUCGGAGGAAGAGGAAGAGGAAGCUGAGGCUCCACAACGGACUAAGAGCACUCCGGCUACGGGUGUCCAGCCCUCAGCUGAGAACACCUUUACUCAGCGUAUGUGGAUGCGGUAUUCGUCUCGAGCGUCUCGGCCGAGUCAUACGUCGGACCCUUCCUCGAGAGUAGUGGGUGCUGCGAGAGUGACGAGGAAAAAGAAGAAGUCGCCUAGCAGGCAGUCAAAGAAUAAAGAAGUGUAUUGCAAAUACACUGUCACAGUGGGCCGGAAGCCGGGCUCACAAGCGCAUUACUACGUUCACGAUGUGCACUCGGUGACGGAUCUGCUGGGUAGACUGGCUGAUGAGACUUUGUACCCUCGGCAGGAGGCUAGUGAGGUCAAUGCCGAUAGCCCUGCUUCGCCACAAAGAUUCGCUGUACACAACUCUCAAACGGUACCGGCGGGAAAUAGUGCACAGUUCGUCCAGAAACCGCACGUGCUUGAGGAAGCCCCCAUUAUGGAAGGGCCCGAGGAUGAGCCUUCAAGUCCAUCGCGUCCUCCUAUUUGGGAAAUUAAGUUCCCCAAUGCUGACUCCUCGGACUCCCCUGAUGACGGCGCGCCAUAA